ACUCCCCUUCAGCUUAGAACCGUCGAUUCGCUGGACGAAGCUGCCACCGCUGAAGCGCAGCAGCGGGACAACGGUGCUACUCGAGCCUUCUCCAAUGUUCAGAUAAAGACAUCGGACGGAAGAUGCCUGUUUGUUGAUAAACUCUCGGGCGACUUCCGUGCCAACCUGACUCCGAUCCAAGUCGCCGCCUGCGGGUCAACCGACGGACAAGGCUGGGACGUGAUCACGGCUGGCAAGCAUAUCACGGGCAACAAUGUUAUGCUUAUCGUCAGCACCCUGACGCAGGCCUGCUUCAACUUUGAUCCUCGGAGACAGGCCGGGAACCAGGUCCUCCUCUUCUCUUGCGGUGGUCGGGCUGACGGAAGCGGCGAAGUCACCAACUCACAACUUUUCGCCUUUAACGGCAGUGCUGGGCCCCUCGCCCUCAAACCUCAAAACCAGGACGGGUCUUGCCUUGUUGUGAAGGGCAACGUCAUUGACAUAGCCACGUGUAACGAAGGCGAUGCCAAUCAGUCAUUCACCUUUGGUGGCGCUGCAGCAAGCACAGGCGGCAACAACACGACGAACGCCGUCAGCAGUGGCAGCAAUGGCAACAACGGUAGCGCCGCACAGUCGACAUCGACUUGCCCCCGAACGACGCGGACCGUCACUGUCGCGCCAGCCCAGAGCAGCGGCAACGCACAGGCUCAGAGUUCGACUACUGCGACUGCCGCUCAGACGACCGUCUCCGCGUCGGCAACAGGAAACGGAGGUGGAGCGGGGGCUGGGACCAGCGGGAUCCCCACGGUAAAUCCCACCGACCCCGUGCCGGUCUCACGGGCCGGCGGCACUCUGCAGCCAACGGCGGUCGCGGAGGCGCAGCAGCGCGACGCGACGGCCACGCGGGCAUUUAGCAGUGUCUCGAUCCGUGCCCCGAACGGACAGUGUCUGUUCAUCGACCCAACGGCUGGCGACUUCCGCGAGAACCUGAUUCCCAUCUCGUUGGUGACGUGCUCGGGCUCACCCAACGAGAAGUGGGAUGUCAUCACGCAGGGCAAGCACAAUAAGCCCAACCCGAGCCAGCCGGCUGCGUUGGUUGUCAGCGCAUUGACCCAGGGCUGUAUCAGCUUUGACGGCAGGCGGCAGGCGGGCGACACUGUCACCCUGUUUUCGUGCGGCGGCCGCGCCGACGGUAGCGGUGAAACCGAUACCAGCCAAUUGUUCCCGUUCAUUGGGCAGACCAGCUUCGCAUUUGCACCGCUGAGCGAGAACAACAAGACCUGCAUCCUCCCCGGGAAUGGCAGGCUUGAUUCAGGCCCGUGUCCUACUGACGGAUCGCAACUGUUCUCCAUCUUC